UGAAUAGUAAUUGAAAUGAGUAGACUCCGCGAGGCCCAGGAAAAGGUAAAGGCCGAGCUGGCCGCCCAGAUAUCCAACUUGGAGGCGGAGAUCACGGCUUGCUGGGUGGAGCUCCAUGUAAGGUGGCUGGAAGAAGCCGUCCGUGCGCUGCAGACAGUGCACGACGUCGUCGGUGACAUUGGGGUGUGCACCGACGAGAGCACUGAAGGAGAAAACGAUGAGACUGAAGGCGCCGAUGAUGCGGUUCCGUUGCAGCUACCUACAUUUCGCGAAGUUGUCCGUCACAUUGGGGUGUGCACCGACAUGAGCACUGUAAGGGGCAACGGUGAGACUGGCGGCGUCGGCGAUGGUGAAGACGUGUUAACCGAAGGCGUCGAUGAUGCGGUUCCGUUGCAGCUACCUACAUUUCGCGAAGUUGUCCGUCACAUUGGGGUGUGCACCGACAUGAGCACUGUAAGGGGCAACGGUGAGACUGGCGUCGUCGGCGAUGAUGAAGACGUGUUAACCGAAGGCGUCGAAUACGCGGUUCCGUUAGUGCUACCUACAGUUCGCGAAGAUGUCCGUCACAUUGGGGUGUGCACCGACAUGAGCACUGUAAGGGGCAACGGUGAGACCGGCGGCUUCGAUAAUGCGGUUCCGUUGGCGCUACCUACAGAAGAUGUCCGUCACAUUGGGGUGUGCACCGACAUGAGCACUGUAAAGGGCAACGGUGAGACUGGCGGCGUCGGUUAUGCAGUUCCGUUGGCACCGCCAACAGUGCGCGAAGUCGUCCGUGACAUUGGGGUGUGCACCGACGUAAGCACUGGAGGGGGCAAUGGUGAGACUGAGGACGUCAGUGACGAAGCAGCAGCAGCCAAGGGAGACAACAGUGGCAAGCCGGAUCCUGACCAGCAGGGAUUGUCCAGUUUUGAGAGCACAGAAGAGUCGUCUAGCUACGGGAACUCCGUCGGCAUAGUCCUAACGGGGUUGCCCAAGAGACCUGCCGGCAUAGUCCCGCAGGAGUUGUCCAGUUUUCAGAGAACGUCAGAAGAAUCGUCUAGCUACGGGAACUCUGCCGGCAUAGUCCCGCAGGAGUUGUCCAGUUUUCAGAGUACGUCAGAAGAAUCGUCUAGCUACGGGAACUCUGUCGGCAUAGUCCUUACAGAGUUGCCCAAGAGACCUGUCGGCAUAGUCCCGCAGGAGUUGUCCAGUUUUCGGAAUACGUCAGAAGAAUCGUCUAGCUACGGGAACUCUGUCGGCAUAGUCCUUACAGAGUUGCCCAAGAGACCUGCCGGCAUAGUCCCGCAGGAGUUGUCCAGUUUUCAGAGAACGUCAGAAGAAUCGUCUAGCUACGGGAACUCUGCCGGCAUAGUCCCGCAGGAGUUGUCCAGUUUUCAGAGUACGUCAGAAGAAUCGUCUAGCUACGGGAACUCUGUCGGCAUAGUCCUUACAGAGUUGCCCAAGAGACCUGUCGGCAUAGUCCCGCAGGAGUUGUCCAGUUUUCGGAAUACGUCAGAAGAAUCGUCUAGCUACGGGAACUCUGUCGGCAUAGUCCUUACAGAGUUGCCCAAGAGACCUGCCGGCAUAGUCCCGCAGGAGUUGUCCAGUUUUCAGAGAACGUCAAAAGAAUCGUCUAGCUACGGGAACCCUGUCGGCACAGUCCUUACAGGGUUGCCCAAGAGACCUGUCGGCAUAAACCCACAGGGACCUUCCAGAUUCGUAGAGUCGUCGAGCCAUGGGAAUCCUGUUGGCAUAGUCCAACAUGGAUUGCCCAACUUUCCCACUUCCAUAGCCCAUCAGGGAUCUUCCAGGUUUGAAUCGUCCGGCUAUGGGAAUCCUGCUGGCAUUGCACCUAGGCCGAGCAGGGAUUGCCCAGUUAUGGGAGUAAAUCGAAGUGAGUCGUCCAGUCGCCGGUUUCCCUCUGGUAACACCCAGAGGAACCAGUUUAGUCACGGCGACCCCUCGGUAAACCGCCAGAGCAGUGCGUGCGGUUACGGAGUCGUCGCGAGUGUACGCCAGAAGAUCUCGGAGGAUGGAUCUCGGGGACCUUUCAGGCGUGGCUCUGAAGGGUGGCGACCCUCAAGUUGUCGCCGUUGGGAGCGGUCCCAGCGGUGGAAAUUAAGUAAGUGUGUAAGCGAGCGUGGGGGCCUGAAGUAAUUAUCUAUUUAAAGGGUGGGGGUGGGUACCUUUAAUAGUCUUCUCUCUCUGUUUUUCUUGUUUUAUUUUAGUUGUGUUUUGCUCCACUUAGUGUCAGUGAAGUGUAGAUUCCAUUAGCCCUUUAUUGGCCUCGCCCACCAGUCCAUUACUCUUUUGGUUCUUUUUAUUUGUGUACGGUCUCCUGUGAGUAGAACUCACUGGUAGGUUCUUUUCAUUUUUCUUGUUUAAUAUACCUUCUUUUUUUUUUAUAUAAUUCAGAUAUUUUCUGUAAUGCAAAAUUUGGCUGGUAGGAUGUAGGUGCACGUUGGCCACUGUAGGGCGGUGGUUGUAGAACUGACACUCAUACCUCGGCUUCCCCUCUUUGUGUACAUCAUUCGUGUACUUUUAUCAUUUUUUCUUGUCUAAUUGUUUAGUAUAUCUAUUUAUUCAUGUUUCCCUGAUUGGGAGUGGAUAUGCUGAAGUUGGUAUUGCCACCCGGAAAUAAAUAGAGAAUAAAUAAAGAUCAUUAUAAUUUUGUUAUUAGAUAUUAAAAAAUACAUUAUUUAUAUAUUAACAUUUAUAUUAUUUCUCUUUUCGUGCCUGGACCGAGGGUGUGUUUUCACCCAAGUGUAACACGCUUAAGGUCGUAAAUAGGUACGCGUAGCCUCGCUAAAUACUGGCGGGUAGUUGGCGGCAGGGCGAGAGAUUCAGGCAGUAAUAAGUUGCAUCUAGUGUAGUCUAACGGUGAGCUCUUUCAGCCCACUAUCAUUGGUAGUUCUCUGAAAAUCCGGACUUGUGAGCAUGUCAGUGCCGUGGGAAACUGUUGCAUACCACUCCCUGUGGUGUUAUUGUUAUUUUAAUAUUAGUAAUAAUUCUUGUUAUUUACAGCCACCGCCAUGGCGAUCAACAUAGUUGUGCGUAACCCUGCACCCCCCAGUCUCCAGUAUAUUAUGUCAGUGUUUCUUUUCUGUAGCGUGUUUUGCUGUCUAUCCAGGCCGCUGUAAUGGCUAAUUUCAAUGCUGUAGCUGUUUGCAGCCGAAGGCUGUUAAUUGCUCCACUUUGUAGAUGAACUGGCAGGGCGAGCCCAUUUAUCCCAGAGUCCCUUCUUUCUUGUUUUUGUAAUAUUCCUGAUUUCGUCUAUGCACGAGUCGCCCACUGCAGUACACUAUAAAUCAAAAUAACACUGUUUGCAUAAGUACUUUAGAUAUUCUUGUCCGGGAACAUAAUAAUAAUAUUAGAUGUUAAUAUGUCUAUAACAAAAUCACAAUAAUCUGUAUGCAUGCAUAUUUAAAUAUUCUUGGUGGUCGUACGAAAACCGGCCAAUGGGUUAAAAUUAGUUGUGGUCUAUCUAGGGUUGAGGCCCCCAUUCUGCGCACGUUGUGGCGUGCUUGUAGUUUUGAAACAAUUAGGUUGUCCCGACUUUGGGGAGUCUGGGCACUGUCAUAGUUCCGCUAAGUCGCUGCGUCUAGGCGUACAUCGCGUGGCAAAGGCGCCCUCCUUGCUUACGAAAGGGGCAUUGGGGUCCGAGAGAUAGUCAAUAUACUUCCUUGGAGUGCAUGGGACGGCUUGGGCGCAGUGGCUUUAGAGUACGUGGCAUGGCGAAGGCGCCCUCCUUGCUUACGAAAGGGGCAUUGGGGUCCGAGAGAUAGUCAAUAUACUUGCUCGGGUGCGACGGGACGUCUGUGGCGGACUGACUAUGACAUUCGGUGGGACGAUUCCUUUGUGAGUAUGGGGUCGUCCCAAAAAGAGAAAAGUGAGGGGAGUGUAGUGCCAGUGCCACGCCCCCCUGCAGAGUGGUACCCGGCUUGCGUCGCUCAUGUGACGGGACCAUGCUGCAUGAUGUGGAGCCAAUGGGAUGGACGCAGAUGCCUGAUGGGAUGACCAUGCUCUCUGGCUACCGUGUCCGCGGACGUGUGCAGACGUGUUCCCUGAGGUGAGUAUUACCAGGAGGAUAGAUGCCCUGAUGUAAGCAUUUCCAGGAGGAUAAGUGUAUUAGCCUGUGACGUAAGUAUU